AUGCUUGUAGCUUUCGUCUCGAACAUUCUGUGUCUUUUGUUCGGGUACCUGUACCCUGUCUAUGCAACGUACAAGACGCUGAAGCGCGCUGAUCCCGCGGAAACCAAACAGUGGCUCAUGUACUGGGUCGUUAUCUCCGGGUUUGCGGUAGCGGAGUUGGUUGGUGACGUCGUGCUUGCGCUUUUACCGUUCUACAACGAGAUAAAGGCGGGUUUUGUCUUAUGGCUAGUGCUGCCGCAAACUCGAGGUGCAACCGUCAUCUACAACGCUUACGUGGAAAAGUACCUGGCGCACCACGAGCAGGAGAUUGAACGCAUCGCACUCGAGACUCGUCAGCGGUGGCGACUAGGCGUCGGCGGCAACGCGACCGGUUCCGGCACUGGCGAGGCGCCCCCGCUGGUUGAGGUCAGCGCUUUAGACUCGCCUGUGCGAAGCGAUGACGUCGAUGGACGACGGUACCGCGCCUUACAGCAACGCAGAGCGCGUGAGCGCACGGGACGUCGUCCGUCGGCUACCAGUGCACAGCCUGCUGGCGUGCCCUAUGAAGCGGUCGCUUUGGAGGCGCCACUUCCACCGUCAGACUCGUCACCGAUACGCGCCUCGAAGCGACUUGGGUUGGUGCGCUGA